AUGGAACCAGUGAUUCGCCACAAAGACAGAGCCGAAGUGCAGCGAAGAAAGACUCGGAAGGGAACCCAAAGCUGCUGGGAAUGCAAGAAACGAAAGGUCCGGUGCAUUUUCAGCUCUUCGGCCCAUUCAUGCAAUAAUUGUCGAAGACGCGGUAGCACUUGUAUCAGCCAGGAGUAUCCUGAUAAGCCGGUCUCUGCGAGCAGCAAUAAGGUCGAGGGCCGACUACGUCGAGUAGAAGACCUGCUUGACCGGUUGCGAAAUAAGAAUGAAGCAUGUCCUGAAAUACAGACGAUUUCCUACUCGGCAUCGGCGACACCAGAGGAUGCAGAGGAUUGCCAGCCAGGGAUAGUAUCACCUAUAAACCACACCGUUGACCCCGUUGAAGUCACCAUUGGUCUCACACAGGCUAUAUUCAAGCCAUCAUCAAGAACUGGCUCGCAAUCUUAUCGCAGCCUGGCCUAG